CAAAGUUUAAAGUUGUUUAGAGUUUUGUGUGUUGAACUGCGAAUUUUUAUUAGUAUACGUUAUAGAAUCUGUCAAAUUCGUCUUGAAAAAGACGUAAAAAUAUUAAUUGAUUAGUUAAUUGACGGAUUGAUUUAGCCAGGUAAAGUUAGAGUUUAUUUUUAAUGCUUUGCGUAUAAAAUACCUAAGAUUUAUCAGUCAUAUUUUAAGAUUAUCUUUAAAUAAUCUAUAAGAGAAAUAAAUCCGUAGGUUAAAAAUAAAGUAUUGUAAUGGCUGAAGGAAGAGAACCUGAAAAUUAUGAACAAUCUAGUCGUCUGAAAGCUUUAGACGGUUUAAGGAAAACGGAUAUUAUUGAAGAAAUCGAUAAUAGAAGAUUGGGCUAUGAACAAGAAGGAGAUUACGAUGUAAAAUUUCAAAGAGCCGACUCAGAUGAUGGUCAAGAAGUGGUAUGGUUUGAAAAAGAAAAUGGCGUUGGCAUAUCAGAUAAACCGCAAAGGAAAUGGAAGGAUAUUGACGUCAGUCCGGCAGCCAAAUUAUAUAAAGCGGACAGUGAUCAAGACCUCCUCCUAAAUAAGUCAAAAAUGCAAAGAGCAUAUCAUAGGGUACGAAAAAAUUUACAUAAUAAAACAUUACAUUUAUAUACAUUAUCUGAGCUAAUUAUUUAAUGCUCUUUAUUCAUCAUUGACAGACAAAGAGGACUGUAACUUCCUCCCACUACUGCCAGUUUUGUCGAUCUCUUUGUGAACGCCAUCGUUGGCUUAUGGGUUCAAUUGUUGCGAUACUAAUUAUACUUAUGUACUGUCUAAUUAUUAUAAUUAUUGUAAAAUCGUUAGGAUAGAUGCAAAAAAAUACAGUUACAAACUGUUGUAAUAUUGGGACAUUCUAUUAUAUCUAUAUACUGUGUAUGUAUACUGUAUGUAGAGGAUAUAAAUUAUAUCUAUAAUAGUAUUUCGAUAUUUAUAUACAUUGCUUUGUAAAAUAUGCGAAGAAAAGAAAUAGCAUUCUUACAGAAUGAUUAUGGGCAAUAUUUGUUAAUUUAUUUAGUAUCAAUAUCUUUAAUUGACAGCUAAUCUCUCUCUCUCUCUCUCUUUACGGUCAAGGUUUGAUACAUUGGAAAGUUUUCUAAAUAUAGAUUGGAAAUUUAUUAGGAUUACUACAGAUAGAAUAUUAUUUUAGAGAAAUAGUUAAAAAUAAAUUAAUUUGAUACAUAGUCAAUAGUUAUGAAAAAAGUUUCCGUUCACGAUUUAUCGGCAAAACUAUGUAUAUAGGUGUUGAUUUUCUUUUUGUUAUGGCUAGCUACAUACUCUUCUCUCUUUCUUCCUAUUGAUACAAUUGCUAUUUAAAGGAUAAUCCGAAUCAUCUUUAUUUCUAUCAAUGUUUUUUUAUAACGUAAGUUGUUACUAAAAAAGACAUAAGCAAAUUUAUUUUAUUCAACCUACUUCCGGUAGCGUCACCUUGCCUUUUUUUUAUCGUCUAGAUAAAAAAUUGCCUAGGUCGGAAAAGGGCAGGAUAUAAACUUAAUUAUUGCGUAAUGACAACUGAAAGAGUUUCGCAGAAAGAAAUUAUGUUUUUCUUUUGGGAAUUCUUCACAUAAAAGUCCGUUUUGCAGACAUAUAUACUGUAUAUAUUUAUAAUAAAAAUAUGUCUACCCUUGCUAUACUGAACAGUUUGAAGAAUGGAAGGAUUGUUAUGUCCAUUUCGUGUAUCAAAUACAAAAUAAACUGUUUAAAAAGUUAAUAAUAUCCAAUAAAUAAACUAACAA